CGGAAUGCCACGACGAUUAAAGCAUGCCUUCGAUUUUUUUCCUGGCUGCGGCGAUUGUAUUCGCUCGACACCCUUGACACUCGUUUCACGUCUACCCCCACUACCUCAGCUGCCAACGCUGCCGACACGCAACCCUUGUCUGCCAAAGAUGCGCGAGCCAACGCUGUCGCCCAGAAGGCAAACGCCCCUCUCUGGCGGACCCCAGAGUUCUUCAUCUACUAUCUGUUCUUCAUAACGCUUGUUCCAUUGAUGUUCAAAACCGUGGUCGAUGCUUCUAAGGGUAUGUGCCAUCGGGAGAAAAUUGGAGGCCAUCUGGUAUAUAAAGAUCGGUUGCUGAUGAAGGCGUUGGAUGAAACAGAAAGCCAUCCCAUCUAUCCGAAAUACUCUCACCUCCUCUCUCCAGGAUGGAUUCCCGGUCGCCUCGUGGACAAUUCGGAUGCGCAGUAUGCAAGCUUCCGCGAUAAUAUACCUGCCUUGCUGUCGCUUCUAGUUCUGCACCCACUUCUUCGCCGUGUCUACCAGUCAUUUACCACCCGCGCAAGCCACGAGGCAAAAUCACCGAACCGUCCUUCCGCUUUUGCUAGGAAUUCACAGCUGGAGCAGCGCAUGAGCUUCGACUUCUUCUUCGGCCUUAUUUUUCUCACAGCGCUUCAUGGCAUUUCUGCGCUCAAGGUCAUUUUCAUUUUGGUGGUGAACUAUCGGAUUGGCAAAAACCUCCCGCGAUCCUACGUCCCAACCGUCACAUGGAUCUUUAACAUUACUAUCUUAUUUGCCAACGAGCUGUGUGAGGGCUACCGUUUUGAACGCAUUGCGUCGCUGUUAACCCCCGGAUCUAGCUCGGUAGGUGAUGAAGGCUCGACGCUCAUGAUUUUUGCGGAGAGACUUGAUAGUUUUGGGGGCAUUAUGCCUAGAUGGGAAGUCCUCUUCAAGAUCACCAUCUUGAGGCUGAUUAGCUUCAACAUGGACUACCACUGGAGUCUGGAAUAUCCCAGCUCGAGCCCAAUUGAAGUAGGUUCUCCUGUCGCUGCCGAACUUCGAUUUCCCAUCUCCUCCCACACCCUGGAACUGACCCAAUCACACAAGAAGAAACAACAAGACCCAGCAUCCCUGUCAGAACGAGAUCGGGUGCAAAUACCAGCAGAACCGGCGGCUUAUAGCAUGCGCAACUACAUCGCUUAUAUCCUUUAUUCCCCUCUAUACCUCGCGGGCCCAAUCUUGACCUUCAAUGAUUAUGUCUCUCAACAGCGAUUUACACUUCCGUCCACGGCACGCUCACGUACCAUAUUAUACGGAAUUCGAUUUUUCCUCACCCUGCUUUGUAUGGAGCUUGUCCUACACUACAUCUAUGCUGUGGCCAUCUCAAAAGCCUCGCCAGAUUGGUCACUUUUUACGCCUGGACAGCUCAGUAUGCUCGCCUUCUUCAACCUUCAUAUAAUCUGGCUGAAGCUCUUAAUUCCGUGGAGGUUCUUUCGUCUAUGGGCCCUCACGGACGGAAUUGAUCCUCCCGAAAACAUGAUCCGCUGCAUGUCAAACAACUAUUCUAUCAUGUCUUUUUGGCGCAGCUGGCAUCGCUCAUACAAUCGAUGGCUUGUCCGAUACAUCUACAUCCCACUUGGAGGUGGUGGUGGUGGUGGCGGCCAAACCUCUCAAAAUGGAAAAGGCGUCCCUGCGCCGUCUGGCUUUAUGGACAAAUUUGUCCGUAUCCGGAAUUCCCUACUGGUGUUCACUUUUGUGGCGCUGUGGCACGAUAUCAAUCUCCGUCUUCUUAUUUGGGGCUGGCUUAUUACCUUCUUUGUCGUACCAGAGAUCUUAGGUGGCAUGCUCUUCCCAGCUCGUCGUUGGCGCUCACACCCAAAUGCGUACCGUGUCAUCUGUGGGAUCGGGUCUGUGGGCAACGUGCUCAUGAUGAUGGUUGCCAACCUUGUUGGCUUUGCGCUCGGGUUGGAUGGCCUGAAGGACCUUCUUGCCAGCUUGACAAACUCAUACUCUGGCAUUUUCUAUCUCGUGUCAUGCUGUGUGGUUCUAUUCGUCGGCAUUCAAGUCAUGUUCGAGAUUCGCCAGGCGGAAAUGCGCGAUGGCAUCGACCUGAAAUGUUAG